AUGCACUUCGACGGCUCCAAGAUGCGCUCCGGCCUGGGUGCCGGCAUCGUGUUGUCUUCUCCGAAGGGCGACCAGCUUCGAUACGCACUCCAGAUCCACUUCGCCGCCUCCAACAACGCUGCCGAGUAUGAAGCCCUUGUGCAUGGCCUCCCGCUUGCCAAGGAACCCGGCAUCCGGCACAUCCUGUGCUAUAGCGACCCGGACCUGGUGGUGCAACAGUGUUCCGGCGAGUGGGACUCCCGAGACGCCAACAUGGCCAGCUACCAUGCCAUACCGUCCGGCGUCUGCCUCGAGCAUUUGCACAAGCCGUCUCCGGACUCCGAGUUCAUCUUCAUCCCGGACGACCCUGUAGUGACCCUCCCCAACCCGGACCCGGGGGCUGCGGCACCUAGCCCGGGGACUGCUGAUCCCGGCCCAGGGGCUGCCACGUUCGACCCGACCGCUGCCAUCUCCAACCCGGCCCCGGGGGCUACAGAACCCGACCCGGUGACAGCUGAACCCGGCCCAGCGGCUGCCAUGCUCAACCUGGCCGCCAUCAUCUCCAACCCGGGGGCUGCCGCCUCCGGCUCGGGGGCUGCCGCCCUAGAACCCGUCAUGGUGGCCGUCUUCACCGUGGUGAGGGCUCCAUCAUGGGCCCGGCCAAUCUCAGAGUUCCUGGAAAACGGAGUCCUCCCCAUGGACGAGCCCGAGGCCCAACAAAUACAGCGCCAGGCGUCUGCCUACAGCAUCAUCAACAAUGAGCUCGUCAAACGCAGCGCGACGGGCAUUUUCCAACGCUGCGUCGAGCAGGACAAGGGCGUAGAGAUCCUCCUCGACGUACACGAGGGUGAGUGCGGGCACCACGCCGCCUCCAGCUCCUUGGUGGCCAAGGAUUUCCGCCACGCACUGUGGACCACCCCGAUCACCUGGCCCUUCGCGGUCUGGGGACUGGACAUGGUAGGACCUUUCAAGACCGCUCGAGGCAGCAUGACGCAUUUGCUGGUGGCAGUGGACAAGUUCCCCAAGUGGACCGACGCGCGACCGAUCAAGAAGCUGGACGGGCUAAUAGCCAUCCGGUUCAUCAAGGACAUCACGGUGCGCUACGGCGUUCCGCACAGCAUCAUCGCGGACAACGACACCAACUUCGCUAAGGGCGCGCUUGCGCAGUACUGCUCCGUCUCCGGCAUCCGCCUCGACCUGGCUUGCGUGGCCUAUCCCUAG